AUGAUUAUAUCAAAAAAGGUUGUAUCAUCAUCAAACUUGUUAAAGAGAUUUAUUGUUAGUAGUACAAAUAACUAUGGCACCAAUAAUAAUCAAAUAUAUACAACCAACAACAACAGAAAUAUAAUUUGCAAAUACAAUAGUAAUAUCCAUUCGGUAUCAUCAAGAUAUUACUCAACCAACAACAACAAAAAAGAAGAACAAGAAGAAGAAGAAGAAGAUGGAGUCGAUGAUGACGGUAUCGAUGUAAAACAAAGAGAAAGAAUUAGAAGAGCAAUGUUGGAAAAGGUAGCUGCCUCUCAUAAAAAGUCAACUGAAACCUUACAAGCACACAACCUAAACAACAACGACAAAACUAAUACUACUACUACUACUGCCAAAGGUAACACCACUACCACCAAACAAGAUGAAAUAGACCAAGACGAAAACAACACUGACCAAAAGGACAAGGAACAAGGACAAGCCGAAGGAGAAAAGAAAGAGGAAAAAGUGUACGACAGAGACAACUUUGCUCAUUUCUCUCAAACGAAAUUCAUUUAUACUAUAUUUGGUGCUAGUUUGCUUACGAUGAUUGGUUUUGCCAUUCGUGGAGCUUUAUCUGAUGGAAGUUCAUUCCAAAUGCCAUACGACAAUAAUCUCAUUCUUCGUGACAUCUUUGAUGAUUAUCAUAAUCUCUAUGAAGAUUGUGAAGAGUUUAAAAAGAUCAUUCCACCACAAUCAACUGCUAUCGUUGAUAAAUUUAUUCAAGUUGAAGUACAAAAAGAUACAUUAUCAUUUACUAUUCCAAUUCUUCAAAAAGCUACAAUGUCACUUGUUGCUACCUACAAUAUCGAUUUCUACAAGGAGGGAGAUGUCUUUAAGUGUUCCAAUCUCUACCUUGAUGUAGUCAAUGGUAAACACUUUGUCAUCGAUCAUCCAAAUCAUGAAUACAACACAACAUCACCUAAAUAUACAUUAUCGAUGCUCAUGAACCAACAUGAGAACCUAGAAAGACAAAAGAAAUUAAUGGAAGAAAAAGAAGCUGCUCAUUAA